UGGACCGACGCGGGCGCGAGACGCGAGCUCCGCGAGGGCCAGCCUGAGCAUCAGCUGGGGCGGUGGCAGCGGUGGGUCGCACCCGGGGGGUGGUGGCGGCAGCAGCGGCGGCGGCUACGAGUGCUGGGCCUCCUGUCUCUGGUCCAGGGAAAAGUGCAAGGCUUGCUGCAACCAGAACCGUCCCGAGAAGCCCGGCCGUCCCGACCGUCCCGAGAAGCCCGGGAAGCCCGGCGGCGGGAAGCCGGACUCGGAAGGGGAUUAUGAGGUGGAUAUCGGUGUGGACGUCGACGAGGGCGACAAAGAGUCCAGCCUGGUGGUGACCGGCGACGACAACGUGGCGGCCUUCAUCGAGUGGCAGGCGACGAGGAACGCGUCGAUGCUCGUGGCCCAGUGCACGUCCUUCACGGCCUCGGAGGUGCGGCAGGUGCUGGAGGAGCCCGCGGACCGGCCCGAGGGCGUCAAGGCGCUGGCCGCCGCCCUGGCCGAGGCCGCCGACUGCGCCGACUGCGACCGCGACGCCUGCGGCGGGGACUGCGACGGCGCCUGCGGGGACUGCGACGCCGACUUCUGGGAGAGGGCCAUCAAGGCGCGCCGGCCCUCGGUGUUCGCCCGGCUGGUCCGCGACAAGGUGACGUGCGGUCGGAGCCGCGGGGCCGGCGCGUCCAGACCGUCCAGACUGACCACCGCAGCGCCCAGGAGACGCGCAACCCAUCGGCCACCGCCGCGACGCGAGCGGGAGCGCGACCGCGAGUACGAGCCGCGGGCCGCCCGGGACCUCGGCAACACAUGUGACGCGCGGGCGCGGCCCCAAGGACCGACAACCAGCGAUCAGUAAGUGUUGUUCAGCGCCAAUUAUAAUAAUAUAGCAUCAUGUUGUAAGUAUAAUAUGUAAAAAGUAAAAAAAAAAAAUGUGGACAAAAAACAAUAUAAUAAAACCGGUAUUGUUCAUAGUGAG